GUAUAUGAAGAAAAGGACUAUAGAAGAGCUAGAUUUGUUGGACGACAAAAGGAGGUGAACAAGAAUUUUGCAAUUGAUUUGAUAGCAGAGCAGCCUGUGAGUGAAGUUGAAAGCAGAGUGAUAUCAUGCGAUGGUGGUGGUGGAGCUUUGGGACAUCCUAAAGUAUACAUAAACUUGGACAAAGAUACAAAGACCGGAACAUGUGGCUACUGUGGACUUCAGUUUAAACAGAAACAUCACUGA